CACCAAUUUGCUUUUUAAUGGCAAAAGACAUCUUAAUAAUUUUAGAAGUUAUCUAAUCUGUGUUCAUUGGAUUUACUAUUAUUUAUUAUCGCCGUCAAGUCGAUUUCGACUCCUGGUGACCAUAUAUAUGAAGUCCUUUUCCAGGACUUACUUUCUAAAAGCUCUGUAUAUGCUCUAUAUAAUUUCUAUUCAUUGCUUAAUUGUUUGAAUCUAUAGCCAUGUAAUGUUGUGCCAACUAGGGCUGGGUGGGUAGUUUCACAAUUUGACUUCGUCCUUGCGCCACAUACUCCAUCAUUUACUAGCCUCUAAGGUCAAUUUAGAAGAAGAAUGCCUUUAUUUGUCAUAUAUACAUACACGUGUUUGUUUGUUUGUUUGUAUGUCAUGUUUUACACUUUGGUUACAUUCAUGACAGGAACGGUAGUUACUCGUUACACAAGGUUCAUCAGUUCACAAGGUUAUAUCGAACACAGUCCUGGACAAUUUAGUAUCUCCAAUUCACCUCACUUGCACAUAUUUGGAUUGCGGGAGGAAACCGGAGCACCCGGAGGAAACCCACGCGGACACGUGGAGCUCAUGCAAACUCCACACAGAAAGGACCCGGACCGCCCCGUCUGGGGAUUGAACCCAGGACCUUCUUGCUGUGAGGCGACAGUGCUACCCACUUACACACGUGAACAGUACAACAAAAUUCUUUCUUCGCUUAUUCCAGCUUGUUUGGAAGCUGGGGUCAGAGCGCAGGGUCAGCCAUCGUAUGGCGCUAAGGCCCUUGCUCAAGGGCCCAACAGUGGCUGCAUGGCAGAGCUGGGAUUCGAACUUUCAACCUUUUAGUUGAUAGCCCAACACUCCACCCACUAGGCUACCACUGUACAUCUGUAUUCUUGGUGUCUGGGGAGGAAACCACAGUGCCUUUGGAAAAGAGAACAUGCCAAAGCUGUUUACAAACAGUGAGCAGAUGGUUCAGUGUUCUUGUUUGGCACCCACUUAACCACCUGCGUCAUUGUGCUGGUUUAUGCUAAGCUAAUAUGCUAUUUGCGACCAAAUCUACUAACCAGCCCCGCUCUCCCCUGCCCGCCAGUGUAAAUACUCGGUGAAUGUGAAGAGAACACGUCUGAAUUUGAGUGGUCAUGGCAGACGCUGGAGUCUCGGCUCUCUCUCCACCCUCUGAAGGGAAGCCGGAGUGAUUUGGCUCGUAUUUCUGGUUAUGCGCUGUUGUGUAAGUUUAUUCCAGCCCAGCCUGCAGUGUUCUCCGUCCAAGAUGGCCGCGGGUGAGAGCGACGGCCGCUCGGCGUGUUCGAACCUGUCCGCUCCGGGCUCGUUGGGAAACGCUCGGCCCAGUAACAGCGCUCAUCUGGGGUCGGGGGCAGCCGGCACUGCGGGGUCCGUGGGGAGCGCUGAUGCCCGUGUUCCUCCAGGCCGAGACGCCAACCCCGAGACCGCGGUCGCAAACACGGCGAGGCUGCAGAAUCCUCUGCGGCAAACGGCUCCUCAGAACAGCGCAAUCCGGGUAUCGGCGUCCAACAUGCCGGCUACCGCGACGUCCAGCACCGCAGCCGCUUCUGCCUCUUCAGCCGGAGCAUCCGCGCUCUCAGCCGCCUCUCUCCCCGGCAGCCCGGCCUCGGUGCUGGUGUAUCGCGAACCCGUGUACAACUGGCAGGCGACAAAAGGCUCAGUGAAGGAAAGAUUCGCAUUUCUGUUUAAUAACGAGGUGCUGAGCGACGUCCAGUUUUUGGUGGGGAAGGGGAUGGGAGUGCAGCGCAUUCCUGCGCACAGAUUUGCCUUGGCUGUUGGGAGCGCCGUUUUUGAUGCCAUGUUUAACGGAGGCAUGGCUACCACAUCCACUGAAAUAGAGCUACCAGAUGUGGAACCAGCUGCUUUUCUGGCUCUUUUAAAGUUUCUGUAUUCUGAUGAGGUUCAGAUUGGACCAGAGACCGUUAUGACUACAUUAUACACAGCGAAGAAGUACGCAGUGCCUGCUCUCGAGGCGCACUGUGUGGAGUUCCUGAAGAAAAACCUGCGAGCCGAUAACGCUUUUAUGUUGCUUACUCAGGCACGGUUGUUCGAUGAGCCACAGCUUGCUAGCCUCUGCCUGGAGAACAUUGAUAAGAACACUGCAGAUGCACUUGCUGCUGAAGGCUUCACUGAUAUAGACCUUGACACGUUGGUGGCGGUGUUGGAGAGGGACACUCUCGGGGUGCGGGAGAUACGUCUGUUCGGGGCUGCAGUGCGCUGGGCUGAGGCCGAGACUCAGAGACAGCAGCUGCAGCCCACACCAGAGAACAAACGACGGGUGCUGGGGAAGGCCCUCGGCCUCAUCCGCUUCCCCCUCAUGACCAUAGAGGAGUUUGCAGCAGGUCCAGCUCAGUCAGGUAUACUGACAGACAGAGAAGUGGUCAGCCUAUUUCUGCACUUUACCGUUAAUCCCAAACCACAUGUGGAAUUCAUUGAUCGACCACGCUGCUGUCUGCGGGGUAAGGAGUGCAGCAUCACACGCUUUGGGCAGGUGGAGAGCCGCUGGGGGUACAGCGGAACUAGUGAUCGCAUCAGGUUUUCUGUAAAUCGCAGGAUAUUUGUGGUGGGAUUCGGGCUCUAUGGUUCCAUACAUGGUCCAACUGACUAUCAGGUCAAUAUCCAGAUCAUCCACACAGACAGCAACACAGUGCUGGGGCAGAACGACACAGGAUUCAGCUGCGACGGCACAGCCAAUACCUUCCGAGUGAUGUUUAAGGAGCCUGUAGAGAUCUUACCCAGCGUUAACUACACUGCAUGUGCGACUCUUAAGGGACCAGACUCUCACUAUGGAACAAAAGGCAUGCGCAAAGUCACUCACGAAGCCCCGGCCACAGGCACCAAGACCUGUUUCACCUUCUGUUACGCUGCAGGUAACAAUAAUGGCACUUCAGUAGAAGAUGGACAAAUUCCUGAGCUUAUCUUUUACACUUAAUGAUGGACUUGCAUCUGUUACAAGUGUCUGGACUUCUUCACCACUUACUUUUCCUGCAGCAAACUGCUCCAGUCUACAAAUCAGUGACCAAAUCAUUUUUGUUGCCAUGUAUGAGCAUGAGAAAUUCAAGUACCAAACCGUGCAUUGGGUACAGGUUCAUUUUUCUACUCUUGUAGCACCUCAUUGUUAAAAGUUGAACCUCUGAUCAAGUGGUAACAUGUAGUUGUAACUUUAUUCCAUUUAUGGAAACAGUAGUUAGUUAAGGAUCAAACUGGUAAGAACUAAGUCAAUGUUUUGGCUCUGAUUAUCUUUUUGAGUUGCACUGACGCACUUUUGACCCAGACACAAGUGGGGUUAAUACACUAGUUAUGAGGAACAGACUGUUAUGUUUUCUGAUGCAUGAACGUUUGCGUUAUGUUGGAAAUAAUAGAAACGUGUAAAGUGUACAGUAAACGCUGUUAAACUGUAAUUGCUCUUUUUUUUUUUUUUAAGUGUACCCAACUUUGAAUAGCACUUACAUUUAAUGCUACCGUGUAAGAAAUCCCACCUCCAAUGAGCUUAGUUUGUUGUCUGUAAAUAUAUUCGGAUUGAAGAUGUGAGGCUAAUUCUUAAAACAAAGCUGUUUCCAAAUAUGAAAUGCCACCAAAAGACCCAGUCACACAAAGUGAUGUAUGUAGAACUAGAAUUACAUUAUUUUUACUGGGAUUCAGGUGCUUAAUAAUUUCAGGUAAAUUAAAUUUGACUGAGAAACCAGCCUAACUUCUGCACAGUUUAAAUUUGUCAAACCUUCCAAUUAAAUUUGAGUCUGAAAUCAGUACCACAUGCUCUGCUGUGUUUACCUCUGAUAGGGUGUUGCUUCUCUUUGAUUGUUGAUCCAAAUAGCAGAGGUGCUAACGGGUCCAGUGUACCAGAUGAAGUUUAGUCCUUUAUUUCCUAGACUUCCAAGUUAUUAUUUAAUUUAAAAAAAAUUUUCCCAGUCAGUCUGGAAGCUAAAUUAAAUGGAUUUGAAGUACAA